GGCGCCUGAUUAAAAAUGUAGCGCUUCGAAACGUAGCGGGUUCGGCAGCAGCGUCGCUGGCGCACGAUGCUUCCAAUCCCGUUAUAAACCUGGAAGCGCGUGGUUCACUACGUCACACUACAUAAACGAAAACCUCAUAUUAAAAUAAUUCGACGGAAUACGAUGUUGUGUUUUAAAGUGGACAGUGAACAUUGAUCUAAUGGAGUUAAAUAUUAUUAAAACAAGUGUCAGAAGAAAAAAAAUUGUUGCAACUUUCGUUCCGACAAAGUGAUUACCCGAUCAAAGUGAAUUCCGGCUUACUUCUCCAGAAAAAACAUAGCAAAUUGUGAAGCUUAUUCGAUUUUUUUGAAUGAAAAUAGGACACAGCCAAUUUACCUACUUUCGUUUGGACUAUUAAUGCGGCUUGGAGUCACUUUAUUUUUAAACAGCGGCGUCAGAUCGAUCGGGGCGCGGAAAUUCAUAAAACAAAACCGUAGCUCGCAAAAGGCGGGAAUGCAGCGAGCAUCGGUAUUUUAUUUAGAAUAGAACGGAGAACACCUUAAAAUGAAAGUAGAAGACACAACAGCUGAAGGUAUCAGAGGAUGGGGCUGCACUCCAACUGGUGAUCCUCCUCCUGCAGCGGUAAACACAUCAAACGCAACAAAAUCCAGCUGUCUACCAGAAUGGGUGUCUAGAGGCUGGAAAAGAAACUUAUUGUAUGGAAUUAUAGUAUUUCUAAUGGUGCUUGUGUUUUUGAAUAUUGCCUUGACGUUAUGGAUCAUAAGUACAUUAAGAUUGACGGCGAGAGGUAUUGGUCCAAUAACAAUUAUAAAAGACGGCGUUCAUCUAGAUGGGCAGGUGUGGGUAGUCGACAAACUAGUUGCUUCGACAAUUUCGUCGCAAGCGGCUCAACCUAUCACCCUAUAUUCACACCGGAAUUUCUCUGUCCUCGUUUCAGAGCCUGGUCAUGUCAACCUAGCUAAAUUAGUAAUAAAGCGAGAUAUUAUAGAGUGCAGUGGACAAGUGUUUGAAGUCAGGGACGCAAAGGGAGGUGAGGUGUUCUAUGCGUCUCGGGAAGAAGUCCGUGUGUCCGCAGAGGCCCUAACUCUAGACGGAGCAGGAGGACUAACGGUAAAGAGUGCUCUCCAAACUCCAGUAGUCCGUGCACCGCCUGGCUCUGAUUUGCAAUUGGAAUCAUUGACACGACGGCUCGACGUGAGAGCACCACAGUCCAUAUUUCUUGAAAGUAGAGCAGGUGGCAUCGACAUAACAUCACAUAGCAACAUAACGCUUAAAUCGGACGUCGGAGCCAUCAAACUUCACGCUUCGAAUAUUAUAAUCCACAAUCUCAAGGAAGCAUCUGUAACUGAAGUUCCACAGAAAAAAACGUGGGGAAGGAAAGUUUACCAAUUGUGCGCGUGCGCUUCCGGAAAAUUGUUCUUGGCAGCUCCAGAGUCUAUUUGUGCGAUGCAUGAUCAUGAUAUUGAACUAUGCCGAUGAUAGAGCUGAUCUUAUUCGGUUAAAGGCCCAAAGGUUCAAAGGCCCAAUCUCCUAUUGGACAAACUAACUAAGGAAUCAAUUUAACAGAUU